UGUGGUUUCUUGUUGUGCCGGCAGGAAGAAGGUUAUUGUAGUUGUCCAAUGUACACAGCAGGCAGCCUUGGUGGUAUAGACUGAUGUUUACAUAGUGGUAAACGUAUACGUUAAUGAAGGGCUGCGGGUUAGGUAGCGAAACCGUUUAUACAGCAGGGUCAGGUCGGGUCACGGGGCCAGGGCGCGUGUGGCGCAGACCGGGUCACGGGACCGGUGAGUAGAGACCCUAACUUGGUAACGGACCCAGAGAGUGGGAAUAUAGGAGUGAUAGCACUGGUGUCGGUUCAUAGCUCACGAUGUCGGGGCGGACGGUUAGAGCCGAGACCCGCUCUAGGGCCAAGGAUGAUAUUAAGAAAGUGAUGGCGGUGAUCGAGAAGGUCCGCCGAUGGGAGAAGAGGUGGGUCACAAUUGGAGACACUUCAUUACGAAUAUACAAAUGGGUUCCUAUUGUGGAUCCAAGAGAAGAGGAAAAGAACAGAAUGUUGACUCCUGUGGAGCGGCAGAAGGAGAGAGAGCGUCGAUCUCGACUGUUGAGUCCGAAAAAUAACUCUUCCCUUCUUAUGUUGGAUUUAAAUGAUGAGAAUAGCAACCAGAGUUCAUUGUCUGAGACAUCCAUGGUGAAGGGAGAUACAAGCAACAGCCCAAGCCCAACACCUGACCACAGCCAGACAGCUACCCCUACACCACUGGCAGAGCUCAAGACUGAAGAUUCACAGCCUCCUAUGUUGGGCCAAGAAGGAGAAGUGUCUGUGUUGUUUGAAGGAGGGGAUGAACCCCCUAUGCUGACCAAGGAGGAACCAGUUCCAGAGUUGCUCCAGGCACAGGAACAGAGUGAAGGCUAUGAUCAGGCAGAUGCAUUUCCUGAUUCUGCUGAGGAAGAAGAGGAUGAUGAGGAAGAAGAGGAAGACUCCUUGGGGGCACCUCCUUUGAAACGGAUCUGCAAUGAGGAGGUUGGCAGGCGGCCUAGUUGAGACUGAUGCACUUUUGUAUAUAUUUUAUUUCUUUAGGAGGGGACAAGCUUUCUCUGCAUUGUCACUCAGCUGCAGCAUCGCAUUUCUGUGAUUUCUUUGUCCCAGUCUGCAUCUGAGAAUAUUUUUCAUUCAUUGGAAACCUGCUAGCUGGGUAUGAUAUUUAUGCUUUCACUAAUGAAGACUAAAUUUGAUUAGUUUUGUGUUUGGAUUAUUGACUCCGCUAUUUUUUGUUUUACUCUUUCUUCGCUCCGAAUCUUCCCUUGCAUUUUGGGCCCCUUGCUUCCCCAUCUCCCACCCAUGUGGUACGUGCUGUAAUUUGCUUCUGUUGCAGCAAAAAUCCAGUCCUUUCGUGCUUCUGACCUAAGAGGUAAGCAGUUGUCAGAAUCCAUUUUGGACCACUUGUAAAUGGUUGCUGCCAUGGAUGUAACAUAGGGGAGCCCCCUCCCAAACUUGCAUAUACUUGUAGGCUGUGCUGUUUAGGAGUGAAAGGUUGUGCUCUUGCCUCCUGCAUUUGCGUCUAAUCCAACUGAAGAAAUCUCUGCAGGAAAAUGGAAUGUUGCUGGCAAUAAGCAACACCAGCAAAACUAUAACAGCCUUUCCUAUACAGUUGUAAUAGCCAUCUGUGUAAAUAUUUGUAUUAAAUGUAUUAUUUUUUAUUAGAAUAAAUCUGGUUUUCAGCAAAGAACUGUCCACUAAAGAUUAACACGAUACUUUUGUAUUGGAAUACAAGACAUACCACUGUCGUAGCUUCCCACUCUCUCUGGAGUUUAAAGAACAUUGUUAGAUGAGGAUGUCAAACAUGCAGCAGCAUGUGCACAAUUCUUAUUUAAAUGGAUUUAAGCAGGAGAACAUUUACAAAUUAUUUUUAAUUGAAUGUGCACUGACACAGGGACAACUAUUAUUUUUAUUUCCUUUUGUAAAAAAAAUUCUCUCCAGUCUGGUUUUGAUACAAACAUUUUGGAAUGCUGUUCAAUGGCUGUAAGAGGAGCUGUGAUAAUUGGUUGAUAAAUAUGCAUUAUGUCUGAGGUAAUGAACACUGAUUUGAUUACCUUGUUUAUACAUGACUGAUUCAGUAUUCUGCCAUAUGUGAUCAUUUUUAUGAAUUUAACUGCUGUUUGGACUGACAGCCUUGUUGAACAGUUCAGCAGCUGUGUUUGGUGCUGUCUGCAUUUCUGGAAAAUCGACACCUGUUCGUCUGCAGUAGAUGGGGUAGAGUCUAAAUACAAGACACUCAUGCAGAGAUGCAGAUUUUCUUCUCAGCAUUGUUCCUCUUUUGCCUUGAUCUCCUUUGAGGCCUCCAGGAAAAAGGCAUCCACGCUACCUUUGUGGAAAUACUGGUGAAGUGUUUAAGUACUGUCUUUGGCUCCUGCAGCAAAUUCAGAGGCCUUCCCUACCCCCCACCCCCAUUAUGACUUUUUGGUGGUUUGCAAAAAAUGUGGCAUUGGUGAUUGCACAGUUUUCUCAUGUUAGUAUUACAACACGUUUACUGCUUAGAAGGAUAUUCUGGCUUGACAGUUUUUGACAAGAAUAAGAUUUACAAUGACUACAAUGAGUUUUAUGUAGUAUAGCUAUUUGAGACAGGCCAAGCGGUGACCGUUACCUGAAGGGCUUUGAGCUCUGCGAAUCAUGGUUCUGGAUAUUAUGGGCUAAUGUGCAGGGUAAAUGGUGUCAGCCAAACAGUAUCCUUUAGUGUCCAUGAAAUAAGAAAGUGGAGUCUGUUUGUUGGCAUUAUUUUCUCGAACAGCAAGGCUUAUCAAGGUGUUUGUAUUUUUAUUGUUCAUAGAAAUGUCUCUGUAUAUUGUAAAUUUAUGGUUAAAUGCAGUGUUGCACUACGCGGCCUGUGCUGUGCUGUGAUAAGCUCUCUGUGCUUUCUACACAGACUUUAUCUUCUAGUCCUUCAUGUAUCCCCCCCCCAAAAGAUUUCAGUUUGCUGCAGUUGUCCAAGCUAUACAGUAUUAUAAAUGUUUGAUUUGUGUGUGUGUUGUCAUGUUUAACACAGCUGUCUACUCAAGGAGUAUGAUGCUGUGACUUCAUUAGCUAUAACAGAAUGGCCUUAUUGUACAAGGCAGGAGGCCUUGGGCCAGGUGCCUUCUCUGUCCAGAAGUGGGGCUGUGCCUUGGGCACCGGUACUAUAAAGUGGCUUCUAGCAUUUUCAGUCCUCAAUCUCAACUGACUAAGCUGUUUAGAACAGUUACAUAAUGCAUACAUGUUGUUUUCAAAAGCAUUGAUGCACUGUUUUAUAUCCUGCCAUUGUAAGCUAGUAUAAAACCUAGCAGGAGUACUGUAAGAAUGCUGUGAGUGGCAGGAUUGACAGUUCACUGUAAGCAGUCUCUCUGAAAUAAACAUUUAUUGGCAGAUUCCUCCUUUAA